CGAAAAUGGAGUAUUGUGGAUGCCAAAAUCUCAUAACAGAAUUUGCAGUACUCAUUUUGUCGGUAACAAAAAAUCAAAUGAUCCUCAAAGCCCAUCAUAUGUGCCAUCAAUAUUUCCUAAAGCUUAUAAAAUAACUAAAUGUAAUCAUAAACAACAACUAGAGAGAUAUAACAGAGCAGCAAAUAAAAAAAAAAUGGACUUAUCUAAAAAGGUUCCGGACGCGGUGUCUAGCGGUGAUUUUAUUUUUCCUGAAAAUACAAGUCAAAUGUCUUCAGUUAAUGUUAGCAUUCAAGUAUGUUUUGAUGUAGAUGACAAUCAAGAUUUUACGUUUCACUGUUCUUUUGAGGGCAAUAAUGUUUCAACUCAAGCAGCAAUACCUCUAACUUCAAAUAGUAAUCUUAAUUUUACCAAAUGUGAAUUAUCUGAUAAAGCUUGUGGUGUAGAUUCUAGUAAUAGUUUAUCAUGCUUGUCAUGUGAAGCUUUUCAUGGAUUUGAGUCCAUUAAAACUGAAAAUGCACUAAAAGACUUAACUGGUACCACUUUUCCUAUUUUUAAUAUUUUACUAAAAUUAAUGCCCCCUAGUAAACGUUUUUCAAUUACUAAGGAAAAUGAAUUAUUAUUAUUUUUAAUGAAAUUGAAGUUAGGUAUUACCUAUUCUGCUCUAUCUGUAAUGUUUGGUAUACACCGUACAACAGUUACAAGAAUAUUUUCUGAUGUACUAACUACCCUAAGCACAAAAACAAAAGAUUUUAUAUUUUGGCCCAGUAAAAAAACUAUAUCAGAUCUUUUACCUGAGGCAUUCAAAAAAAAUUAUCCACAUUGUCGUUGCAUUAUAGAUUGCACAGAAAUUCGGGUGGAACAACCUUACACUGUUGAACAGAGAGUAUAUUUAUAUUCUAGAUAUAAAGGGGGUUAUACUAUAAAAUUUUUAGUAGCAAUAACGCCUAAUGGAAUG